GCUUGCAUUUAAAAUGUCUGAUUCUAAAACAACGAAGCUGGAGAAGGUCCUUCCGUCUGAUGAGGAGCUUGGGCGAAGGAACUGCUGCUGGAGGGAGCUCGCGAAGAAGUACGAGAAAGGCCACGCUGAGGAGCUUGAAAACGCCAUGGAUAUUGACGCCGUAAUCGAUGUGCUUGAUCAAGAAAUGGAUCCUGAAAGUUCGGUUAGUGACGUCGAAGAAGCUUCAUCGCAGAACGAGAGCGUGGACGAGAAUCAGGAAGAUAUCAAGCAACAGCUGAAGUCGACCGUUUCUUCACGCAAGCGAGCGUGGGAGGUGAAUGGUUUGAAGGAAAUAUUGGAGGACCGCGAUUUCGCGAUGGUGAGCAACGAAAAGGUUGAAAAUUGGCUGCGAAAUCAAAUGCAUAGCAUUUCAAGUCAGCUAAGUGUUCAAUACAAAAAGAAGGUUACCACCGUGACUGAAACGUGCAUGGACGCCGACGCCGAUGCCGACUCGCAGUAUUCGGUAGACACGGCACAGUAUAUACGAUCGAACAAAAAAAUUAGCAAUCGAGUUAAGGUGACCACGAUGAUCAAACAAUAUGCCGUUACUAGCAACGUACGCUUCCAUUCAAUGGAAGACAUUUCCGACACAAAGCUAGCGAACGAUCAAUACUCGUUACAGGCACCUUCUCGGCGAUAUACGACCGGAAGCUUAUAA